AGCAUGAUUCUAGCUGUUCUUUCUCUGUGCUUUGAGAGUUGUUAUCACAAGCCAUGACAGGUGUAAGCAUUGCUUUGUUUACAUUCACUCUGUCUGAGGUCUGCACCAGGGGCAGACUGACCAUAUGGAAACCCGGGCACUGCCCGAGGGCCCGGGAUGCCCCUGGUACCUUUUUCAUAGGCUUUUUUGAGUUUGGGCAAGGACACAGGGGCCCCAUGAUCCCUUAUUGCCUGAGG